AUGGACGAAUUGUCUAAAUCAUUUUUUGAGACAUCUCAUUUUGAUUCUAGACUGUCACCAGACUCAGAAAUUAUUAAAGAAGUCAGCAAAUCAUUGUCAGCUUCUUUAUUCACUGAGCCUUUAAACAUUAGCAUUGGAAAUCCUUGGGACCUUCCUUCAAUAAAUGGAAUUGAUGUUUCCAACAUUUUAUCUGAUGUUUAUUUACCUGAUGUAUAUGCAACUACAUUUGCACUAACUUCUCCAAGUGGUGGGUCAGUUUCUAUUUCAGCUUUAAACAAAAUUUUAAGUAUUAGUGCAGUACCUGUUAAUAGUACUUGUAUCAACAGAGGAGAAUUCAAUGUUGCGCUUGCGUUAGUAGCUUUGGCACAAAAAAAUAUGGAUGUUUCAAUUGAUAACCUGGUUGAGAGAAAACAUGAUCUUCCCGAACCAAUCCUUACAAAUAUAGAAAGUAUCGAUUUUAAUCGCAAUUUAAGUUUCUCUAAUAUCACAUCUCGUCCAUCAUCAAUUCUGGUUCUUCAGGAUGAUGAUCCUUGGGCUAUUUCAUCAACAACGAAUGGUAUUGACAUUAUAACAUCAUCACCAUCAACGUCUGCUGCAAUAGGAAUAUCAGGAGAAACUAUGACAUCAACUUUUUCACCAAUCAUAUCAAAUACAAUAAUAUCACGAUUUCCAAGUGAUAGCAACGGUGCAAGUACUAUUUUACCAAAUAUUAAUAGGACUUUGAUACUAGAUGAUCGUGAGUCUCAUUGGUUUCUAGAUGCAGGUAUCAUUAAAGUGAAAUUUGCUCCUGAACAUGAAGAAAGUAAAGUUAUAAGAAGAUAUAGUGAUUUUUGGUGGCUAAUGGAAUGUUUGGUGAAAAGAUAUCCAUUUAGAAUCUUACCUAUCUUACCACCCAAAAAAAUUGGAGUUAACGUAUUUUAUUUCACACAUGAUGAAGCAUUUUUGGAGAAACGGCGGAAAGGCUUGGCAAGAUUUUUGAAUUUUAUUGCAAGACAUCCAGUUUUAAAAAAUGAUGAUUUAGUGGAAAUGUUUUUAACCGAACAAACUGAAAUAGCAGUAUGGCGUAGGAAUAAUGCACCAGAUUUAGAUGAAGAGUUUUUUAAAAAAGAAAUUUCAUCACAAAUGGAACAACGCAUACCUGGGGAUUUGAAUGCAAGGUUAGAAAGUGUAUAUAAUAAUUUGGAUCAAUCUAUUGAACAUUACUUAAAUAUGUGUAAUUUCAUGGAACGUAUUGCUCGUUCUCAAGAAGGCACAGCAUCUGAUUAUAUGCGUUAUAGUUUGUCUUUAAAUUCAUUGAUUGAGAAUGAGAAGGAUUGCUUCAUAGAAAAUUGUUGUAAUUGUUCACAGAUGAUGGAUGGUUUAGAACAAGUAUCAAGUCAUUUUCAACAUGCAAGUACCAUCAUGGAAGAUGCUGCUACAUCUAUUCUUGAAACUGUUCUUGAGGAUUUGAAGAGACAUCGAGAUUUACUCUUGUCAUUCAAGGAUACGUUUGAGAGAAGGGAUAGAUUAGUAAUUGAUACUAGUGAGACUCUUAAUAAUAGAAUAUCAAUAAAUCAAGCAAAACUUAAAUCAUUAUCAAGCCAAAAAACAUCAGAUCCGGAAGAUGAAGGUGAUCUUAAAGUUCAACUUAGAAAACAAAAUUUUGUACGUUAUUGUAUGCAUUCAGAACUCAAUCUACUUCAUAAAAGUUCAGCAUUCGUCUCACUUCUAUAUCGAAACUUUAUAAAUGAACAAAUGAAAUACACACACCAACUUUAUAAAAAUUGGGAUGUACUAAAUCCUAAAGUUCGUGAUAUGCCAAUUGAAACCAACGGGUUUGGUUAA